AUGUCAUCCUACCAAGAGAAACACACGCCCAGACACGGCGACAUCAAGUCCUACAUCAGAAGCUGCGACUGUUCACUCAGGUGUGUCGGCCGGACCAUCACGGGUAAACUCCCCUUCAUCCCCGUCCUCAGACACUACAACAUCCGGAGAGAUUUGUUGGCCGACUGCAUCGCUGGUCUCACGGUGGGCAUCAUGCACAUCCCGCAAGGUAUGGCCUACAGUCAGGUGGUGGGGCUGCCCCCCGUGUACGGGCUCUACGCCUCCUUUUUCCCCGUCAUACUCUACUUUUUUCUGGGCUCCUCCAUGUACCUGUCAAUGGGCACGUUCGCCCUGUCGUCCAUCAUGCUAGGCAGCGCCAUCACCAAGGGCAUGCAGUCCCGCAACCUGGUGCCCCAGACCUACAACACCAGCCUCAUCAUAGGCGGGAACUUGACCUACCAAAUCACGGACAACUCGGACCAACUUCUGGACGAGAAGAUAAAAAUAGCCAUGGCCGUGACCUUGGCAGUCGGCAUCAUCCAGACGAUUCUCGGGAUCCUGAGACUGGGGUUCAUCACGGUCUACCUGUCCGACCCCCUCAUCAGCGGCUUCACCACCGCCGCCAUCAUUCACGUCUUCAUCAGCCAGAUGGGAGCCGUGUUUGGGAUAUCAGCCGGCAAAUACACCGGUCCUUUCAAGCUUGGCUGGGAGACACGUGACUACAUCCUGAGCCUGCACAAAACCAACCCCGUCACCCUCAUCAUCUCCAUCGCCUGCAUCCUCAUCCUCUGGCUGGUCAAGGAGUGCAUCAACGUCAACCCAAAGAUCAAACCCAAACUCAAGAUGCCGGUCCCCAUCGAGCUGAUAGUGGUAAUUGUAGCAACUAUAAUUUCCUACUUUGCUGAGUUCAAUGAAAAAUAUAAAGUAAAGGUUGUUGGUGAUAUCCCCAUUGGGAUCCCCCCACCCAACCUAAAGCCGAUACCCUACCUAGCUGACUCAUUCUCCGACGCUAUCGCCAUAGCUAUUGUAAACUUCGCCAUCUCCAUCUCAAUGGCCAAGAUCUUCAGCAAGAGAUACGGUGUUGAAGCAGACCCUAACCAGGAGCUUUUGGCCUAUGGGAUUUGUAACAUUAUACCAGCGUUUUUCACAUCAUUUGUGUCGACCAUCUCCAUUGCAAGAAGUUUGGUCCAGGAAGAUGUCGGGGCUAGAACUCAGGUGACUGGACUCCUGUCAAGUCUGCUAGUGUUGGUUGUUUUGCUAGUGGUUGGUCCGUAUUUCAAGUCUUUGCCAAAUUGUGUCCUUGCUGCUAUUAUUUUGGUGUCCAUUAAAAGCAUCUUCUACCAGUUUCUGGAACUGAAGAUUUUAUGGAAGGUUUCUUUUCUUGACUUUGCUGUUUGGGUUGUGACAUUUUUAGCCACAGUGUUCCUGGAUAUUGACAUUGGGCUACUGACUGGCGUCUUGUUUGCUCUAUUGACUGUCAUUAUCAAAUCACAGAGACCUCACUCUUGCAUGAUGGGACAAAUGCCAGGCACAGACAUCUACAGGAACAAGUCCCAUUACCCAGAUGCUCAGGAGCUGCCACAUAUCAAAAUUUACAGGUUUGACUCUGCAAUUUUCUUCGCCAACGCUGAAUUUUUCAAACUGUCCCUCUAUGAACGCACAGUGGACCCCAUCAAGCUGACCAAGCUGAAGAAGAAACGAGAAAAACAAAAGAAGAAAGAAGACCAAAGGCUCUCAAAGAUCCAGAUUUCCAUGAGUAGCUCAGACGUGAAAAUGAAUGGCAACAACUCUCUCAACCUGAAUGGCCAAGUAAGCAGCAGCGAUCUAUCAAGGAAAGACAACCAGUACCAAAACCUGACCUCCAGGACUGAAUCAGAAAUCUCAGACAUAACUAAGCUGCCUCUUACAGACAUCAAGUUCAUCAUUAUAGACUGCUCCAUGAUGGGAUAUGUUGAUUUUAUGGGGAUAAAGUAUUUACAACAGGUUGUGACAGAAUUGAAACCAUUUAAUAUUACAGUCCUUAUAGCCCAUUGUACAUCCAAAGUACGAGACAUGUUUGAGACAAUGGACUUCUACAAAGUCGCAAGCAAAAAUUUCAUCUUUGUCACACUCCAUGAUGCAGUUGUACAUGCACAGGCCCAAAUCUUGGCUGAAAAAAAGAGAAGUACCUCUCACCCCACCACCAGCAGCAACACCUCCCUGACAGAUUUACCUGGAUCAGCUGAAGUUGAUGAAAAAACAAAUUUAUAACAUCUUAAAACAUUGGGAGAUGGAAAGAGAAAUGACAAAAGGACAAGAAACAAUGAUAGAAAUUAUUUGUAAUUAAAAUUAAUAUUCAAUUAUAGGAAAUCAUAAAUCAACAAAUUUGAUAUUUUUAAAAAACUUUUUAAUCCAAUUUAACUAAUAAUCUUUUAAUGGAGAAAAAGAGCUUGAAAUUUUCAUUUUUUCGUGAGUUUUUAUUUUAAUACUUUGCUCAAUUAAAUUUUUUUCUAAAUUUGAUCCAUUCAAAUAACAAUUAUCUAUCCUGAAUGAAGAUUUUAAUAAGCUAAAUACUUACAUGUAAAUAUAUUACUGUUAUAUAGACAAAAUUAUGUUUCAAAGUGAUUUUAAGCUCAUGGUUAUGCUGUUAUAUGUUGUUGUACAAAUUGUAAAAUUAUGGAAGUUAAACAUUAGUUUAUACAUAUGUAAUAUAGGCUUACACCCAUUAUGAGACCUCAAACAAAACUUAGUCCCCCCCUGUGUAUACAUAUUUUGGUCCCAUAUUUAUGUACAUACGUUUCUAUUGGUUCCUUACUUGUGUACAUAUGUAUCUAUUAGUACCCUCUUUGUGUACAUAAGUAUUUAUUGCUCCCAUAUUGAUGUACAUAAUUAUCUCAUUACUUACUGCAGUAACUUCAUGUAUUGAUGUAUCAGGUGCAUUAGAAUAUAUAUGUAUUUAUAUAUAUGAUAGUUCAUAUUUAUAUAUGGAAUAGUUCAUACAUAUGGUCAUAUUUUAGGCAAAAACUUAACAGCAGGGAAUUUUUUUAAACAGGAAAUAAUAUUUUUAAGUUUUGUUAAAUUAAAAAUAAUAUUUUUAGAAUUAAAAUGCUAACGUUUAAAUGGCAGGAGAGUGUAAGAAAGUCUCAAUAUUAACUGAUACAAAUGUUAUUAAAAUAUCUGUUGUUUAAUGUCUUUCAAUAUGUUGUAUUAAUAAGGCACAUACGAUGUAAUAUUUAUUGAUCACUAAUAAAAACUAAAGAAUGU